UUAUAUGUUUGUAGUAUCUUUGCACUAGAUAUCCAUCUCUCCAAUUUCCUCCAUAUCUGCUGAUAUUCAUAAUCAGAUAAAAGUAAAUAGCAUCAAACAUGGAGAAUGGUACUACUACAACAACAAGUAAAUGGAAUUUCAAAGAGAACGAAAAAUUGGCGAGUGUAUCUGAUCUGACAGUAAGAAGUGUACUUAACAAGUUGAGGUCUUGUCUUAACCCGAAUGAUACCCGACCCGUUAUCCCUCUCGGACACGGCGACCCAUCUGCUUUCCCUUGUUUUCGGACAACUCCCGUAGCUGAAGAUGCUGUUUCUGAUGCAGUUCGGUCUGCUAAAUUUAACGGUUAUUCGUCCACCGUUGGUAUUCUUCCUGCUAGAAGGGCUGUAGCAGAAUACCUAUCUCAAGAUCUCCCAUACAAGUUGUCCCCCGAUGAUAUUUACUUGACAAUUGGAUGUAAUCAAGCAAUUGAAGUAGUUUUGAAUGCUCUUGCACGCCCAAAUGCAAAUAUUCUACUUCCAACUCCUGGAUUCCCUUAUUAUGAAGCAUGGGCUGGAUUUAGCCAUCUCGAGAUGCGUCACUUUAAUCUUCUCCCAGAAAAGGAGUGGGAAGUGGACCUUGAUGCAGUUGAGUCUUUGGCAGAUGAAAAUACUGUGGCUAUGGUCAUUAUUAAUCCUGGGAAUCCUUGUGGCAAUGUCUACACAGAACAACACUUGAAGAAGGUGGCAGAGAUGGCAAGAAAGCUUGGAAUUUUAGUUAUUGCUGAUGAAGUUUAUGCUCAUCUUGCUUUUGGGAGUAAACCAUUUGUGCCUAUGGGAAUCUUUGGAUCAAUUGCCCCUGUUAUUACACUCGGAUCCAUAUCAAAGAGGUGGAUUGUCCCUGGUUGGCGACUUGGUUGGCUUGUUACAAAUGAUCCAAAUGGCAUACUAAAAGAACAUGGGGUCAUAGAUUCCAUCAUUGGGUAUCUCAAUAUAUCUUCUGACCCCGCAACCUUUGUUCAGGGGGCAAUUCCUCAAAUCCUUGAGAAAACAAAAGAUGAUUUCUUCUCUAAAGUAGUAAAUAUGUUAAGAGAAGAUGCAGAUAUCGUUUACGACAGAAUCAAGGAUAUUCCUUGCAUCACUUGCCCAAGUAAACCUGAAGGAUCCAUGUUCGUGAUGGUCAAACUUCAUUUGAACCUUCUUGAAGACAUAGAAGAUGACCUGGACUUCUGUCUCAAGCUUGCUAAGGAAGAAUCUUUGAUAAUUUUACCAGGUGUUGCUGUGGGACUCAAGAAUUGGCUCAGGAUAACCUUUGCAUGUGAGCCAUCAUCUCUGGAAGAUGGCUUCAAUAGACUAAAUGCUUUCUAUCAAAGGCAUGCCAAGAAACAAUAAGCUACUGUCCGAGAAACGACCUUGAUAUCUCUGCAUUAUGGAUUGGCAAAUGUGAUCUUCAACUAGUCGUUGGAUCUCAGUUGGUGUACAUAGUACCAUAGCUCAUAGAUAAGUUGGCUAAGUUUUCAACAAUUUCCUCGAGUCAUGAGAGGAAUGUAAUAUGUUAUUUGAAAUGGUAUCCGCUUCCGGAUUAUCCUAGACGAUAUCAUUCUGGGGAAUAUCUUCCAAACUCCUGCUACAGAAUAUCCAUAAUGCACCAUUACUAGUGCAUCUGUUUGUAAGAUAAACCUUUAACUAGCUAAGCUAGAAACAAAGUGUCUGUGAAAUGUGCAAACGUUAUUGUCCAA